AUGGAUGCUAUAAACGAAACAUGUACUACUCAUAAGGCGCAGUCCCCGAGUUUCCGUCAACCUCAUGUUCUCCUUGAAUCCAAGUUGCACGAACUUAGUGAAAUAGGGUCAUUUGCAAGCAAAUAUGGUUUUGACGGGAAACCCACCUGGAUCCCAGCUGAAUCUCUCGUUUGUGAUGUUUCCAGGCAAUUGAAUGUGCUGCACCAGGUCGCUUCAUGUCCCAGUCGCUAUGAUAUUCGAGAUAUCACGAUACAUAUAUAUCCGAAGUGUACUACUCAUAAGGCGCAGUCUCUGUUAGGCAGGAAUCCACGCGGAUCCCACGCGCUGCUACGGCUGAGAAGCCUGGCCCGCUCGAGGUUGGCCCAGAAUUCGGGACGCUUGCCGGUCCGGCAUCAAGACGAGAUCUCACUGGUCAACAAUCUGGACCAAACAGCCAAUCAUGACCCAGUAUUGGCCAAAUGCCGGUUGCCAAUGGCGCUCUAG